UUGACGUCCAGGGACUCUCAACUCAACCGGAAGAGUAAAUGUAAACAAAGUAGUUGAGAUUUAAAAAAGUACAGUAGACUGUUCUCUCCUAGUGUUACUGAAACAGUUGCUUGUAUUACAUUUUUUUUUAUAAACGAUGUAAUCUAAUAAACGUUAGACAGACUAAGUGCUAAACCUAUUGAUUCAACGAACUCCAUUUGUCGACAACAUGGAUUUCUUGCCAUCUUGCUGCUAGCUAGCGUUAGCUAAACGGCUAAUCUCACUGCGCUAACCAUUAGCUAAGCGUUAAUAAGCGACCAGCACCAAUGCCUCAAGAGGGAGAACAGUCUCUUCCCCUGGUUCGCUCCCUGAACAGUCGAAUACCGAUUAAAGCUGUGUUUCGUAACCUCAGUCCCCGUGUCGUACGACCACUAUGGAUAGAUUACCGCGGAGAACCCCGGGCGUACGUUGAUUUACAGCCAGGAACGGGACGAGAAAUGUCGACCUUUAUCGGUCACCCAUGGAUGUUCAGAGAUGCAGAGACUGAUGAGCCACUGAGAGUGAACUGCAAAGAACUGUAUCUUCCUAAACCAGCAGAGGGUAGAAAUGCUAUUAUCACUUUACCAGUUUACAGCCUCAAGGAUCGUGCUCUUCAGGUUAUUCGGCGUCUGGUACGAGCAGAAGACUACAGGAGGUUGGAAAUAGCACGGUGUCUCCACGAGGAGCUGGAAGAUCUGCCCAAUGUAUUGAAAGAUCUGCACCGCAUGAACCAGCGGGUAGAGCAGCAUCUGCUGGAGAGGAUCCAUUGCCAGGAGGAAUGAGGCAUGAAACUGGAUGGAUAAUGGUCUCAUAUAGACAGCAAUAUUAUAUUCCACACUAUUAGAAAGCACAGAAGCCAGAAUUAAUGAAAUAUAAGAUACAACGUUGGAAUUACUUCUUGGGUGAGUGAGCAGCUGUUGCAAAGACUUCCCUAGAGGUCUUACAUUUGCUGCAAAGGAGUUUGAUCUGCUGCCUGUUAUAUUCACUCAUUGGCUUUGGCAAAUGUCUUCCCUUGCAGAAAAAAAACUGUAUGUAGCAUUUACCUUUUAGGACAAGGAGUGUUCAGUUCAUCUUCAGUUAAAUAGUAUUGUUUAACCUCUAAAAUGGUAUUUAAGGAUUUGUUUAAGGAAGGUUUAUUCCUAAAAGGCAAUUAGAGAAAUUUUUGUUAUUGAUGCCUAUCUGAUUAUGUUACUCUCUACUUUAUUUUGCCAUAUCGCCAGGUUCUGGCCUAAAAUCCUAUUCGAUCAUAUGCACAAGACAGAUCUUACAGUACAACUAUGUUUUUGUCAUGCAUGCAGUGUUAUAACUGCUCUUCUGUCCUAAAUAUCAUGUUAUAAAGGAGACUAAAUAAAAAGUAUAUAGUCACAUUAGAUAGGAAUUUCAGAGAGAUAUGUGUUGUUAAUAUUCUUAUUGGGAAUGCCUGAGAUAAGGUGAUCUUAACCAAUUCAGUUUACUGCACCUCUCCCCUCAAAAAACAUCUUACUUUGUUAUUCUAGCAGUUUAAAGACUGAACUUUUCAGCAAUCAUCAUAAAGCUUUUGCUUUGGCACUUGAAAUCUGAAAAACAUGGAGUGAUUAUGGGUGUAUUUUCCAAGUUGUCCUAUUCUGGUGAAUGUAGACUUUUUGUCAGAAUAUACCUACCACCAUAAAUUGACCGAGUCUCUUCUAA